UUUUGUGUUUGUAGCACCAUUUAAUUUGCUACUAAUUAUAUUGUAAUCCUUUGUUUGAAGGUGAAAAAUGGCUCCGAUUCUGCUUCAUGGUACUCUGCAUGUCACGAUACACGAGGUCGAUAGGCUGCACGGGAAGCACGGUCGCAACUUCUUUAGCAAGAUUAAAGAUUCUGUUGAGGAAACGGUAGGUAUGGGCAAAGGAGCUUCUAGAAUUUAUGCCACAGUUGAUUUGGAAAAGGCAAGGGUUGGAAGAACCAGAGUUAUUGAAAAUGAACCAAACAAUCCUAGGUGGUAUGAGUCUUUUCACAUCUACUGUGCCCAUAUGGCUAAAAAUGUUAUAUUUACUGUCAAAGAUAACAAUUCCAUUGGUGCAACCUUAAUUGGAAGAGCUUAUUUACCAGUUAAUGACCUUUUGGAAGGGGAAGAGGUUGAUGAGUGGAUUGAGAUACUGGAUGAAGACGAGAAUCCCAUUGAAGCAGGUUCUAAAAUCCAUGUGACACUGCAGUAUUUUGAAAUCAGUCGUGAUCGUAAUUGGGAACGUGGAAUAGGUAGUUCUAAAUAUCCUGGUGUCCCUUAUACUUUCUUCCCUCAGAGAACAGGAUGUCGCGUUUCUUUGUAUCAAGAUGCACAUAUCCCUGAUAAGUUUAUUCCGAAAAUCCCUCUAUCAGGGGGUAAAUAUUAUGAACCACAUCGAUGUUGGGAAGAUAUCUUUGAUGCUAUUACUAAUGCAAAGCACAUGAUUUACAUUACUGGUUGGUCUGUAUAUACUGAAAUAACCUUGUUGAGAGACUCCAGGAGGGAAAAGCCUGGAGGAGACGACACAGUCGGAGAGCUGCUUAAGAAGAAGGCGAAGGAAGGUGUUAAAGUCCUUAUGCUUGUAUGGGAUGACAGAACAUCUGUACGUCUGCUGAAGAAAGACGGUCUCAUGGCCACUCAUGACGAAGAAACUGAAGAGUACUUUAAAGAUACUGAUGUGCACUGUGUCCUUUGCCCUAGGGAUCCUGAUGAUGGUGGAAGCAUAGUUAAAGAUUUACAGACUUCUGCAAUGUUUACUCAUCACCAGAAAAUCGUAAUAGUGGACACUGACAUGCCCAAUGGAGAGUCAGAGACGAGGAGGCUUAUGAGCUUCGUUGGUGGCCUUGAUCUUUGUGAUGGGAGAUAUGAUACUCCUUUCCAUUCACUUUUUAGAACACUGGAUACAGCACAUCAUGAUGAUUUCCACCAACCUAAUUUUGCUGAAGCUUCGAUUGAUAAAGGAGGGCCUAGAGAGCCCUGGCACGACAUUCAUUCUCGAGUUGAAGGACCAAUUGCUUGGGAUGUAUUGUAUAAUUUUGAGCAGAGAUGGAGAAAACAGGGCGGAAAAGACAUUCUAGUGGACUUAAGAGAGCUUGACAAUGUUAUCAUUCCACCAUCUUCAGUUAUGUACCCUGAUGAUCCUGAAUCAUGGAAUGUUCAAUUAUUCAGAUCGAUUGAUGGUGGGGCAGCAUUCGGCUUUCCUGAUACACCAGAAGAGUCAGUAAAGGCUGGUCUAGUGAGCGGGAAGAAUAACAUAGUCGAUAGAAGUAUCCAAGAUGCUUACAUUACUGCUAUUCGUCGGGCAAAGAAUUUCAUCUACAUUGAAAAUCAGUAUUUUCUCGGAAGCUGUUACGAUUGGGAGUGUGAUGAUGUGAAAGUGGAGGAGGUAGGUGCUUUGCAUCUCAUUCCAAAAGAACUUACAUUGAAGAUUGUUAGUAAAAUUGAAGCUGGGGAAAGGUUUACUGUAUAUGUUCUGGUUCCAAUGUGGCCAGAAGGACUUCCUGGCAGUGCAUCUGUACAAGCAAUAUUAGAUUGGCAAAGGAGGACAAUGGAGAUGAUGUAUAAACAUAUAUUUCAGGCUAUCAGAGAUCAAGGUCUCGACGAUCACCCAAGGAAUUAUUUGACUUUUUUCUGUAUUGGUAAUCGAGAGGUGAAGAAGAGUGGAGAAUAUGAACCUUCAGACAAGCCUGAAUCUGAUACUGAUUAUGAACGAGCUCAGGAAGCUCGUCGUUUCAUGAUCUAUGUUCAUUCCAAAAUGAUGAUUGUGGAUGAUGAGUACAUUAUAGUUGGAUCAGCCAACAUUAACCAGAGGUCAAUGGAUGGUGCAAGAGACUCAGAGAUAGCAAUUGGAGCAUACCAGCCUCAUAAUUUAACGACGAGCAGGCAACCAGCAAGGGGUCAAGUUCAUGGGUUCCGAAUGGCAUUGUGGUACGAGCAUAUGGGCAUGCUCGAUGACACGUUCCAACAUCCAGAGAGCGAAGAUUGUGUUAGGAAGGUGAAUGAAAUAGCUGAUAAAUACUGGGAUCUGUACACAAGUGAGAGUCUAGAAACUGAUCUUCCUGGUCACUUGCUCCGAUACCCCGUCGGACUUACUAACGACGGUGAGAUCACAGAUUUGCCUGGAAAUGGAAAUGAGUACUUCCCUGACACUAAGGCUAAGGUUGUUGGUACUAAAUCUGACCUCCUUCCUCCUAUCCUCACUACCUAAGUUUAAUAAAACUUGUAGACUUGUUAUGUUAACAAGAUAAUAAAUUCCUAGCUAAGUCGUCGUUGUUUUUUGUUACAACUUCUUUUUC